AUGUUAUUCAAAUCUUUAAAUCAAAUUACCUCAUUAAAUAAAUCAACAAUAUCAGAUAUUUCCAAAUUUUCAACUGAAACUUCAUUUGAUAUUAACAAAUCAUCGGGAAAGAAUACUCAUUACAAUGCAGUUUUAUUUACCAGACCUCAAAUGUACAAUUUUUAA